AUGAAAAAAGCCGCAAAGUCCGUCACCCGUGCAGCUGCUUCGAAUUCUCUCAAAGUUUCCAAGAGAGCUUCUCUCUUAGAAGAGACAAUUUGGUCUACGUACACACCUUUGGCUGUUGCUAAUAAUGCUGUUAACCUAGGUCAAGGCUUUCCUGAUUGGAAAGUUGAUGAUUUUGUUCUGCAAGCUUUCACCAAUCAAGCCUCCCAACCUGUUCAUCAAUAUGCGAAAGCUCACGGAGAUCCUGUUCUUGUUCAAGCAUUACAAAGACUUUAUAAUGAUAGCUCCCUUUCUGGAUUUAAAUAUGGUAACUUUUCUCCAGAGGAAAUUCUCAUCACAAACGGUGCAAGCGAUGCGCUCUAUAUUGCAAUUCAAUCAUUAGUCAACCCAGGUGAUGAAGUCAUCAUCAUUGAGCCAUUUUAUGACGCCUACAAAUCAGCUGUUGAACUAUCUGGAGCAAAACCCGUGUACAUUCCUUUAAGACCACCAGAAAAGUACAUUAAUGAGGAUGUGAGAAGCGCUCAAGAAUGGAAAUUAGACAUGGAUGAAUUACGCUCCAAGAUCACAAAAAAAACUAAGGCAAUAAUUUUGAAUACUCCUCACAAUCCAACUGGUAAAGUUUUUGAUGUGAAAGAGUUGGAGGACAUUUCAAAAAUUGUUCUCUCUCACAAGAAUCUUUUUGUCAUCAGCGAUGAAGUUUAUGAAUUUUUGACAUUCAACAGACAAUUUUGUGACAGAAUUUCAAACAUUGACGGAAUGUUCGAGAGAACAUUAACUAUAAGCUCUGUUGGUAAAACAUUUUCAGUGACUGGAUGGAAAAUUGGGUGGAUAUUAGGUCCAAAGCAAAUAAUUAGAUCAUGCUAUUUAGUGAAUCAAUAUAUCAAGUUUUGCAUUAGCACUCCACUCCAAAGAGCCACUGCGGAAUGCAUUCAUCAUGCUAUCGAUAAUGAUUACUUCUCCGUUAUUAGAAGCAGACUUUUGGAGAGACGUGACAUGCUCUCAAAGAUGCUCAUCUCUUCUAAUGUGAAGCCAUUGAUGGCAGAAGGUGGAUAUUUCUUGUUGACAGAUGUUUCCAAUGUACAAUUCCCAUAUGAUCCCAACAGUCAGGAUGCUAAGGAUGUUCAGUUUUGCAAAUGGCUUCCACAGAGCGACGUAAAAUUGGCAGCAAUUCCACCAAGCGCCUUCUACUCCAAUGAAGAUAAACACAUGGUAAAAGAUUUUGCUAGAUUCUGCUUUUGCAAAAAAGAGGAGACAAUUCUAGCAGCAGAAAAGAGUUUAGAACAACUCAGAAAAUAUACAAAAUAA